UUUAUUUGUGACGGGUCAAAAAUACGGAACGGUUUUGUUUUCUCCUACACCCACACGGACAACGUUUGACGACGGACCGGUGCACUUCCGUUCCGGGUGUCAACAGAACCACGCGUGUUUUCAAUCCUUUAAAAUGCCGAAGCCUCAGAAAGGGAACGGAAAAGCCGCGGACAAGGUUGUUCAUCCUUACAGCAGGAAAGCUGCUUACCUCGCCCGGGAAGAAAUCCGACUGAAAAAGAAAGAUAGGCAGAGGAGUGACAAAGCAACGCGUCUAAACGGCAUUGGUGAGAAGCUGUUGUGGUUUCAGGAACAGUUGGAUCCAGAAAAGAAAACUUACUCCAGAAAAGAAGCCUGUGACCUUGUUGAAAGAUACCUCCAAAGGUUUGAUUCGGAACUCGAGCAGAUUGAACUGAUGAACGGGAUCAAAGGUCGGCAGGGUCGUCUCCACGGCGCCAGAGAGGCUGUCAUCAAGCAGACCAUCGAGCGAGAGCGAGCGCUGUAUGAGGGCAUCGGGUUCGAGAUUCCAGACAUCAUCAAUGGAAAGCAUCUGAAAACAUUCAGCGAGUGGACUGGUGAUCUGAAGAAACUUCCAAAUUUGAAGCUACGUAAGGUGUCUAACAAAGGUCUGGAAACAAAGAAUGAAGAGGAGGAUGAACGUGAAGACGCAGAAGAGGAUGAAAAUGCAGAAGAUGAUGAGGGAGAUGAUGAGCAGCUGGAUGAAAAGGUGCUGCCUUCGGCGUGACGUUGCAAUUUGACUGUAGCCCAAAGCUCCGUGUGUCGAUUCAGCACAGCAGACUGGAUUACUCAAUUGAGAAAAUACUCUUUUAUAAGAAAAUAAGUGUGUUUUGUGUCUCUGUGGGAAACUGCUGCUGCUCCACAAUUGUACCGAAGGUGAUGCUGAAACUAAACUUGCAUCAGUUUG